AUGUCUGUGGAGAUGAGUACUCAGACUGAGAAGGACGUUCCCAACAGAGUCCUGCUUCCACUGGAGACUCAAGAGACCCUGGACCCAAAAGGGUCUCCUGCUUCCUCACUUCCUGGUGCCACUGGACCUCAGGCAAAGGCACAGAAGUAUGUUGGCAUCAGAAACUGGUUAACUGGCGAGAUUCUGCAUGACAUACUGCAUAGGCAGGCUCAGAAGGGAAAGUCCUGCAACGGGGGACACUGUCUGGGUUCCAUCAUGUUUCCACCCCACCUGAGCUCCAAGCCCCCUGAGCUUGAAGACAGCACACAGAGACUCCUAGAGCAGGCCACGGACUUCAUCAACCAGUACUACACGGCCAUCGGGAGGGCCCACAUGGAAGCUCAUUUCCAGCGCUUGUCCGCUGUGCGGCAUGAGAUCGAAUCUACGGGAACCUACCAACUCCAUAAGACAGAGCUGAUCUUCGGGGCCAAGCAGGCAUGGAGAAACGCGGCCCGAUGUGUGGGUCGCAUCCAGUGGUCCAAGCUGCAGGUGUUUGAUGCCCGGGAUUGCAGUUCUGUAAAGGAGAUGUUCUCCCACAUCUGCAACCACAUGAUUUAUGCUACAAACAAAGGCAAUAUCAGGUCUGCCAUCACGGUGUUCCCUCAGAGGAUACCGGGGGCAGAGGACUUCCGUGUGUGGAACUCCCAGCUAAUCCGCUAUGCAGGGUACAUCCAGCCGGAUGGCUCUGUGGUCGGGGACCCCGCCAACGUGGAAUUCACAGAGAUUUGCAUUCAGAUGGGCUGGACACCCCUAGGGGGGCGUUUUGACGUCCUGCCGCUCAUCCUCCAGGCCCGGGGAGAGCCCCCACAGAUGUUCCCGCUGCCUUCUGAGCUGGUCCUGGAAGUUGCCAUAACACACCCGACGCUGCCCUGGUUCGCGGACCUGGGCCUCCGCUGGUAUGGCCUCCCUGCCGUGGCCAAUAUGAUGCUGGACGUAGGGGGGCUGGAAUUCACAGCCGUGCCGUUCAACGGCUGGUACAUGGGAACAGAGAUCGGAACACGCAACUUCUGCGAUCCCUGCAGAUAUAACCUGCUGGAGGAGGUGGGGCGUCGCAUGGGGCUGGAUGUCGGCAGGACAUCAUCCCUCUGGAAGGACAAAGCUGCCGUAGAGAUCAACCUCGCAGUGCUGCGCAGCUUCCAGCAGGAAAAUGUGACAAUCAUGGACCACCAUGCAGCCACGGAGUCAUUCAUGAAGCACCUGAGUAACGAGUACCACACUCGGGGAGGCUGCCCAGCAGAUUGGGUGUGGAUCGUGCCUCCCAUCUCAGGCAGCCUUACACCUGUUUUCCAUCAAGAGAUGUUAAACUACGCCCUCACUCCCUCCUUCCUAUACCAGGUCGACCCCUGGAAGCUUCCCGGCUUCAGUAUAACACAAGGCGUUCGGAGAAAGAUAAGCUUCAGAAAUGUGGCUGAAGCAGUGAAGUUCUCUGCUGUGAUGAUGGUGAAGGCUAUGGGGAAGCGCGUGAAGGCCCAGAUCCUCUAUGCCUCAGAGACGGGACGUUCUCAAAGCUAUGCCAACAUCCUGAGAGACAUCUUCAAGCGGGCCUUUAACCCCCAGGUGGUCUGCAUGGACGACUACGACGUGGUGAACCUGACACACGAGAACCUAGUCCUGGUGGUGACAAGCACAUUUGGGAAUGGGGACCCCCCAGAGAAUGGAGAGAAAUUUGCCAAAGCACUGAUGGAGAUGAUGCGCCCUGCACUGGAGCAAGAGCACCACAAGAGGAGCUACAAGAUCCGCUACAACAGCUUACCUAAGUUGGAUGACAAUCCUGUCAGGCUGAAGAGACCCCCAAGUGCGCCCAGUACGACAGACAGUGUUGGCCCACUAGGAACUCUCAGGUUCUCUGUGUUUGGUCUGGGCUCACGGGCCUACCAACACUUUUGUGCAUUUGCUCAUGCUGUGGACACACGUCUAGAGGAGCUAGGUGGGGAGCGAAUCCUGGAGGUGGGCGUAGGUGAUGAGCUGAGCGGCCAGGAGGAGGCUUUCCGGACCUGGGCCAAGGAUGUCUUUAGGGUGGCCUGUGACACUUUCUGCAUCGCUGAUGACUCUCAGCUGGAUAAGGAGGAUGACAUCUUUUCCUGCCAAUGGGAGGCUGACACGUAUCGGGUUUCUGUUAAGUCCACUCACACUGAUGUCUCGACAGCCUUGUCAAAGCUUCACAAGAAGCAGGUGUCAGUGGCAACAAUCAUCUCCACACAGAACCUGCAGAGUGAGCAGUCCAGCCGCAUCACCCUGCUGGUGAAGUUGAAAACUGAUGGGCAGCAGCAGUUGCAGUACCAGCCUGGCGACCACCUGGGCAUCUACCCCACCAACCCAUCCUCUCUGGUGCAGGCCGUGUUAGGCCGUAUUCCUGACCUGCCUCCCCUCCACAGCAGUGUUGCCACUGAGAUACUGAAGGGCAGGAAUGGCCACAGUGUGUGGGUCCCAGAGGAUAGACUCCCCUCUUGCACCCUCCACCAGGCCCUGUCCAAUCUUCUGGACCUCAGCAGCCCCCCCAGCCCACACUUCCUGCAGCUCCUCUCUCAGCAGGCCACUGUAGAAGAUGAACGACAGAGACUGUAUGUCCUCGGACAGGGGGGCGUGGAGUACGAAGUCUGGCGCUGGGGGCUCAUGCCCACCCUCGAGGAGGUGCUGGAGGAGUUCCCGUCGGUCCGACUGCCGUGCUCCCUGCUUCUCAGCCGGCUGCCUCUGCUGCAGCCCCGCUACUAUUCCAUCAGCUCCUCCCCACAUGCCUGUCCAGGCCAAAUACACACCACAGUCGCCGUGGUCCGGUACCACACACAGGGUGACCGAGGCCCCCUGCGUCUGGGGCUUUGCUCUGAUUGGCUUCUCCACAUCUCCCCUGGACAGACCAUUCCCUGUUUCGUCAGAAGGGCACCUUCGUUCCAUUUGCCCUCGGAUGAUUCUGUCCCCUGCAUCCUAGUGGGACCUGGGACAGGCAUUGCCCCCUUCCGAAGCUUUUGGCAACAGAGGCUGUAUGAGAUUGAGGAGGCAGGGAGGACUCCGCAGGGAUUGACGCUGGUCUUUGGCUGCCGUAAUUCCAAGUUUGACCACAUCUACCGGGAGGAGGUAGAGGAUGCCAGGAUGAGGGGGGCCUUCAGAGCCGUCCACACGGCUUAUUCCCGGGAAAAGGACAUGGAGCCUUUAAGCGACAGGGAUCCUCCACUUCGCUACGUCCAGCAUAUUCUCCGGCAGCGAAUUGGGCAGGAGGUGUGCCAGACUCUGUGCCGGGAUACGGGCCACAUUUAUGUCUGCGGGGAUGUUACCAUGGCGACGGAUGUCCUGGCAACACUCCAGGAGAUCCUGAUGGAGCGAGAGGGGAUGACCAAAGAUGAGACAGCAGACUUCCUCACCAAUCUGAAGGACCACGGUCGCUACCACGAAGAUAUUUUUGGGGUUACGCUGCGCACACAUGAGGUUACCUCAAUGCUCCGUGGGCAGCUUCGUGUCCAGCAGGAGAAGGCUGAAAGGAAGCCACUCAAAUGAGAUACUUUGGCUCACAAGAUCCACUAAUUUUCUAGCUUAUGUGAAGCUUUGUAGGAUUGGGUGGCGGGUAGAAGAUGUCGGUCAUGAAAACCUGGGGGGCAGAGACGCUAACUUAAGCCCCCCAGCACUGACGGAGGGAAGGAGCGGUUACAGUGGAUAUCUAUGAUUUUAGCAUGGCUGACAGUUUCAGGGGUCUAACUAGCUACAUUCUAGAUAAAACACGUAUUUCAAUAAAUCAAACAGACGUGUUUUCCUUGGGUCUCUUCGCAAUGCUUUAUAAAUUCUAGAUAAAUACUGUCUGAUAACUCUGUGUUCAUAAUACAUUGUUUGCUGUGUGUGAUAUACUCUGCAUACUAUCAUUAACAUAAUGCAGAUAAUGUUUUUUAUGACAAUAAAUAGACAUGAAACACA